CACAACACCGGAAGUUACCGGGACUUCCGGUCGCUGUGUUUUCCUGCUAUCCGGCUAGCUUAUUAGCUGGCUGAUUUAAGAAAAAAAAAAUCUACGGUUAAAGCUGAGGAGGCGUACAGUGAUAUAGAGAAAUCACCAUGUUGGUUCCCAUAUUCACCCUGAAGCUAAACCACAAGAUUAACCCUCGCAUGGUGACUAUUGGGAAAUUUGAUGGAGUGCACCCAUGCCUUACUGCAGCCACACAGGCUGGAAAGGUUUUUAUCCAUAACCCUCACGCUCGCGGUCAGAGGCCUGUGGCUCAUCGACUGAGCCAGAGCACCCAGGACUCUGACAUCUCUUUGCUCAAUAUCAACCAGGCCGUCACUUGUUUGACUGCAGGGACACUGGGGCCAAACACCACUGGGGACACGCUGUUAGUGGGGUCCCAAACUAACCUUUUAGCCUAUGAUGUCCAUGAUAACGCUGAUAUAUUUUAUAGAGAGGUGACUGAUGGAGCCAAUGCUAUCGUGUUGGGCAAACUUGGGGACAUCCCUUCUCCUCUUGCCAUCAUUGGAGGAAACUGUGCCUUGCAAGGCUUCGACUAUGAGGGAAAUGACCACUUUUGGACGGUGACUGGAGAUAAUGUGAGGUCUCUGGUGCUCUGUGACUUCACUGGGGAUGGGAAAAAUGAGCUCCUGGUAGGAUCUGAGGACUUUGAUAUUAGGGUAUUCAAAGAGGAUGAACUUGUGUCAGAGAUGACUGAAAAUGAGACAGUAACAUCAUUGUGCCACAUGCACGGCAGCAGGUUUGGCUAUGCCCUGGCUAAUGGCACCGUUGGAGUCUAUGACCGCACUGCUCGCUACUGGAGGAUCAAGUCUAAGAAUCAUGCGAUGAGCAUCCAUGCCUUUGACCUGAACGCUGAUGGGGUUGUGGAGCUCAUCACUGGCUGGUCCAAUGGAAAGAUCGAUGCUCGAAGUGACCGCACGGGCGAGGUCAUUUUCAAAGACAAUUUCUCAUCUUCUGUGGCCGGAGUGGUGGAGGGAGAUUACAGGCUGGACGGACACAAACAACUCAUCUGCACCUCUGUAGAAGGAGAGGUUCGUGGUUACCUGCCGGCCAGUAAGGACCUGAAAGGGAAUCUCAUGGACUCCAGUGCUGAACAGGAUCUGGUUCGAGAGCUCAGCCAACGCAGACAGAAUCUGCUGCUUGAGCUACGCAACUACGAAGAGAAUGCCAAGGGUGUUUCAGAGACAAACAGUGGAGUGGGUGUCAUACCAGCCAACACUCAGCUUAAGACAGCGCUGUCAGUGAAACCUGCUACGGAGGCCCAGAAGGCUCAUGUAGAGCUCAGCAUUUCAACACCGAAUGAAACCAUUAUCCGCGCAGUGCUCAUCUUUGCAGAGGGAAUAUUUGAGGGCGAGAGUCACGUCGUCCACCCGAGUCCGCAGAACUUGUCAGGCUGUGUCCGAGUCCCCAUCGUCCCCCCAAAAGACAUACCCGUGGACCUGCAUAUAAAAGCCUUCGUUGGAGGGAAAACCAGCACCCAGUUUCAUGUGUUUGAAAUCACUCGUCAGCUUCCUCGUUUCUCCAUGUACGACACCACAGUCGACCCCUCAGCCCCACCGCCCACUGGAAGGGUCACUUUUAGCAUCAACGACCGACCACAAAGGGUGGUAAUGUGGCUGAAUCAGAACUUCCUGCUUCCAGACGGAGUAGAGAGUCCCGACGUCACCUUUAACUUGCUAAGAGGAGGAGGACUGUUGUCUUUUAGCAUGGCCAGCAAUGGACAGAUCACCCUGAGAACGGACGACAUUGACCUGGCAGGAGAUUUGGUCCAAUCCUUAGCUUCCUUCCUGGGGAUAGAGGACCUGUCAGCAGAAGCAGACUUCCCUGCUUACUUUGAGGAGCUACGCACCACACUCACCGAGGUGGAUGAGUUCCACUCCGUCCAUCAGAAGUUAACCGCAGCCAUGGCCGACCACUCCAACUACAUCAGGAACAUGCUGGUGCAAGCGGAGGACGCUCGCCUCAUGGGUGACAUGUUAACCAUGAAGAAACGUUACAGAGAGCUGUACGAUCUAAACAGGGACCUAAUCAAUGAAUACAAGAUCCGCUCCAACAACCACAACGCUCUCCUGGCUUGUCUCAAAUCGGUCAACCAGGCCAUACAGCGGGCUGGUAGACUCAGAGUGGGUAAACCCAAGAACCAAGUGAUCUCUGCCUGUCGCGACGCCAUCAAGAGCAAUAACGUCAACGCGCUGUUCAGGAUCAUGAGAGCCGGCACCGCGUCCUCCUGAGGACCAAAACACUGAAAGAAAGAAGACAGAGGAGAAGAAGAGAGACGUUCACAGGCACAGCGAUGAGUACCGAGUGACGAGCCUGAAAAAGGAAAAAGAAGAGAAAUCGUAGGACCCUGGGAUGGGGACACUGUUGCAGCCUUAAUCCGAGUUUUUCCACGACUAAGUUUUGAGCCUGGCAGCAACGUUUGCCACCAGCUCCUUGAAACUAGGAAUCUUGGAAUUCUGAUAGCUCUCGGUCUUAGUGCAAUCCAUCUCAGUUUAGCUACAUGGUUGUUGUGAGGGGCUUUGUUUAGCGCAGUAGGCUGCAGUUUAUCUUAAGUAAGGCAUUUAAGACAGAUCUGUUUAGCGGGUUCAGCCGGACCAAAACAAGACGUGGAGGGUUUCACCAAACUAUUUCUGAGAACGAUCGUCUGAGUUAGUUUGUGGGAUUCUGUUUUUAAUCGGUUUACUGCCUGAUAUCAUCGUUAAUUAAACCCAGUUAUGACAGAAGAGGCGGGUGGAGCCACACUCAGAGGUGAUGUUGCACAUUUGACCAAACGACGUCCCGGCUGUUCAGACUGUUUCCACGAAGACGACGGACGGCGCCUGUUUAGCUCAGUUGACUCAGUGAUGUUUAGAGAGAGCACAGCUGGAGGCGGCGAGGCAGCGAGGCGGCUUCACAGAUUCCUGCCAGUCAAAUCAAACCGGUGACCGGGAGGUCGGCUCGCUGACACUCGGGGUCUCUGCUCCCAGCUGCUUGUGUGGUGUUUGUAGCCAAAGAAAAUCUAUUUUAAAUUAAUGAACGUCACAGAGGACCAAUGCUGUGUGUUUAACUUGUUUACCUUUUGUAGACUGUACUCAGACAUAUGUACGUGUACUUUUGUGUUUGUGGAAGAGAAAUUAUUAUUAAAUUAAGUUUUAAACACUU